AUGUCGUUCAGCCAGGGCGCCGGUACGGCGGCUCCCUCACCCACGCCAUCCACCUUGUCACAGAUAACCUCGCAGUCGCAGACCAAGAAGCGCUCUCGCCCCGAUGAGAACAUCGUGUACUCACAGCCGAAGUCCACCAGCACCGGUCGGGAGAUUAUGACGCGCGUCGUUUAUGCAUGCGAAUACCUCAGGGAGAAGAACCAUCCACUUCUGUUCUCCGAUGUCUUUAGCCACCUCUCGAUCCAGGUUUACGUCGAAGGCAACCCGCUACCUCAGAUGGCCCCGCAGGGUGGGAGAGACUGGAAUACUAUCCAGAGUAUUCUGCAAAAGCACAAGCAAGUUGACUAUGACCCGAACGGUUUUAACGGCAAAAGCUCCUACCGCUACCGACCCAAGCACAACGUUCGCUCUGCCGAUGAACUUAAGGGCUUUCUACAGCGCCAGACCAACUCUGUCGGCAUCAGGGUUUUGGAGCUCAAAGACGGCUGGCCGGGUGCACUCGACACGAUCAACGAACUCGAGUCCGAAGGAGAGAUACUCGUCACUCACCACCAGAAGACUAACCAGCCUCUACUAGUAUGGGAAAACGACUCGUCAUUAGCUGGUCCCAUGACUCUGAUUCAUUCCAUGGAUGACGAGUUCAAGAGCAUGUGGCUAAACAUCCAGCUACCGCAGAACCCCGACGACUUACGCAGCAGACUAGUAGCCGCGAACUUGAAUCCCACGACUGCUCCAAAGGAGGUCAAGAAGACCAAGCCUAAAGCGAGAAAGAAAACUCAACGGAAGGGCAAGAUUAAUUCCAACAAGCACAUGCUGGAUAUGUUCAGAGAUUAUGCCGAUAAGAAGGCUUAG